AUGAUUUAUCAGUUAGGAACCUUCCCUCGUAAGUGCAAAAAACAUCUGAUAAUGUCUGGUAGUCGAACAGAUUCCGUUGUACACAGUCCAAAUCUUACUACCCCAUUACAAGAUGUUGUUUCCUCACAAACGUACGCUGAUUAUUUGUUAAUAUGGAAAAAACAAUUGGAAAAAUGGAAACAUGAUUUUGAAGAACGAUAUAAUCGAAUACAAACAGUGAAAGAGUCAAUUGAUAAUUAUGAAUUAUUGAAAGUCCUGGGUGAGGGUGGAUUUGGUCGCGUUGUUCUAGCUCGACAUAAACACACUCAACAGUUAACAGCGAUUAAAAUAAUGAAUAAAGAACGUGUUGUAAAAAAAAAACAAGUUGCUCAUGUUAUCGAAGAGCGCAAAAUAUUUCAGUCAGUGCGAUAUUCAUUUAUUGUUGAACUUUUAUCAGCAUUUAAAGAUAAAGCAAAUUUAUAUCUUCAAAUGGAAGUGUGUUACGGAGGAGAAAUGUAUCAUCUACUAUCUAAACAAAGACAUUUUGAUGAAACAUUAACAAAAUUUUAUGUAUCACAAGUUAUAUUAGCGUUUGAAUAUUUACACCACUUAGACAUUAUACAUCGAGAUCUUAAACCUGACAACGUACUAAUAGGCGAAGACGGUUAUUGUAAAUUGGCUGAUUUUGGAUUAGCCAAACGUGUUUCAGGUAGGACAUUUUCUUUGUGUGGUACGCCGUUUUAUUUGGCACCUGAAAUACUUGGUCAGAAAGGAUAUGGAAAAGCAGCAGAAUAUUGGGCAAUGGGAGUUUUUACCUAUGAAUUACUUGCUGGUAUUCCACCAUUUUAUUCUGAGAAUGAAAUGGAGAUGUAUGCAAAGAUUAUGUCAUGCCGAUUUGAAAUGCCAACUCAUUUUUCUCUACAUGUGAAGGAAUUUAUCUCAGCAUUAUUAGAAGUCGACUUAUCUAAACGCAUUGGAAAUCUACAUAGAGGAUUUGACGAUAUCAAAACACAUGCAUGGUUUCGAAAAAUUCAAUGGGAAAAAGUGCAUGAAAAAGCCUACAAACCUCCAUGGCUACCUCCACUAGGACAAAAAGAAGAAUUUAAAACGAUGAUCAAAAUUCGAGAUAUUCCUCUGGAUACAUCGUUAGUAGAUUUACAUACCGAAACAUUUCAAUUAUUUUGA